GGACGGUCGGUUGCCCGUGCUCCCGAUUUAGGGAUAUCGCGUAUAAAUUUUUAGCUCGAAUGCGGUGCGAUUAAGUACGUUCGGAAGAAAUGUGAUGAUUAAUAAAAUGUUAAAGAUUGUGUAGCGUGUUUUAUAUUAAUAUAGGAACUGAUUUCGAAUUGUUUUGUGGUAAAUUGAAGUGACAGAGCAUAGUGUUAGUGGAAAGAAAUAUUUUUGUAGUGGAUUUUUAAAAGAAUGCAACAUCCCUCAAAACUCCAAAAAGUGAACAGAAGAAGAUAACAGUGCCUAAAAUGACUAUUAAUUUAAGUAUACCAUGUGAAAUACUACAAAUGUGACCACAGAACCAGUGCCAAAACAAUGCUUUGCUGUGGAGAACUCAAACUACUCUACGCCACUAUAAUUCUGUUACUAGAAGCCGAGUUGCUAGUGAAUACGGGUGCUAUGGAGUCGAAGAGGUCUUCCAUUUUGGUUUCUCAGAAUGCUGACGACUUGAAGUCGUUAGAGCUUUGCACUACAAGGAAUCAGCAGCGGCUUGGUAGCGUGUUUGGGAACUUCACGAGACAUCAUAAAAAGGGUCACAGAAGAAGAACGACCACAACAUCACAAGCUCCAACCACAGUGAACUUCUCUACGAUAAACGGAGAAGAUCCCACCGAGUUCUACACCACUACAGAAUAUGUCCUCACAACAUAUCCUAAGUUACCCAAACCACUACGCCUCACCUCCCUAUUAGAUAAAGAAUACAAUGACGAUGUACAUAAUAUACAUAACAUUAUAGAUGAAGUAACAAUAGGUAGAGGAAGACACAGUAAACAUGAUAGAAUAACUGAUAAAGAAAUUUUAAAAGAACUAGACGAAACUACACUAUCUAAAUCAAUGAAUAAAGUUAAGAAAAUGUACAGAGAUUCAGCUGGUUCAACAGUUAAUAAAUUAAGUGGGAAAGUUGGUAAAGCUGGUAUAUUUUUGACUGAAAACUGUACAACAGUUAUAGCUCAAAUAGGUACGACGGCAAUACUGCAUUGUGAAGUUAGUGAUAUCACCGAAAACACGGUAACGUGGAUACGAAGAAAAGACUACUCGUUGCUGUCCGUCGGUCUUGUGACGUAUAGCGCUGACAGCAGGUUUUUCUCAGCUCAUGGGAGACAUGUGAAGGACUGGGCGUUACACAUAAGGUUUGCUACAUCAGCAGACGCUGGCUACUACGAGUGUCAGGUCCCUACACACCCACCUACCAGUAUCUUCUUCAAGCUGGUCCUUGUGGCGGCAUACGCGGAGAUAGUGGGCGAAUCAGAGAAGAUCAUCCACGAAGGUUCGAUGCUGAGGCUGGUGUGUGUCGUCAAGCGGUCCACUGAGCCGCCAUCUUACGUGUUCUGGUACUUCGAGAACAGAAUGAUCAACUAUGAUUUGAAUGGCGUGAGUGUCCACAAUGGUCGUCAGACAAGCGAGCUGGUCAUUGGGAAGGCAGAGCCGCGUCACGCCGGAAACUAUACUUGCGUGCCUGCUAAUGCAAAGGCAGCUUCUGUGACGGUCCAUGUUGUUCAGAGUGAAACGCCAGCUGCUAUGCAACAUGGCAACAACUCGUCAGCGUCAAAUUCACAAACACAUUUAUUAACCUACCUUCUAGUGACCUUGAUCGGUUUGAGGAUGAUCUUCCUACAAAAUCAUCAGGAAUUUGGAUAACGUUGCUUGUGUUUUUUAAAAUAAUAAUAAGUAAAAUGUCAUUGUAAUUAAUUUUCUAUGUAUAAAGUAAUACUCUCUGAUGUUGAUCGCUUUCAGCUGUAGAUAGAUGUAAAUAGAAUGUGUGGAGUUCGUAAUUAUGGUACAAGGGUAUGUCGAUUUAGUCUAAUGUGUCAUUUUAUUGAUGGAUUUUCAAAUUUAUUGCAUAAUUGUAAACUUGAAUUUUUAUUGAGUACUUUGACAGAUUGGAGUAGAUUAAUUUGCUGGGAUCCAUACUAUGUAUUUUCAGACUUGUAAUAAUUGAGAUUUUAGUUGGUGUAAAGGGGAAAAUAUACAAGAUUUUUAUGCAUGAGGAUACAAUAUUUUCUGUUUUGGCUCUAAAAGACACAACAAAAAAUUGACUCUUGUUUUAAGUUAGUAGUAAGUUAAUUAUAUGUAUUCCAAAAUGAUAUGUAAUUGGGACAAUUACCGAAAAUUCCACAAAAAUAUAAAGUCAGAGAUCUGAUACAAAAACCAGUGCGAUGCGUUGGCGGCAUGCCAUACCAAAUCGUAACGAAACAACUUUAACAAUCGCGUUUAUAUGGAAAACGUUUACUGAUAGUACUUUUGUGCUAUUUCGGAACUCUUUACUAUGUUCUGAAUAUAUUCUACCUUUUAUUUUGGGAAUAAAAAAGGUUGAGGUUACAUUGUUUUAAAGGCACGCUUGCGAUGUGACGAGUAAUAUGAUAUCGUGUUCGUAUUUCUUCAAAGGAGGUAUGAAUGUAGAACGCAGAGGUGAAUGUAGUUUAUCCGAUGUCUCUAAUGUUUAUUCUGAAUUUAUGGUAUAGGGCAAGUUGAUAAUUAUUGGGGACAAUUUUAUAUAACAGUUGGAGAAAGCUAAAUCACAGAAUCUAAAAUUACAUGGGACUCAUAACAUAAAUAGUGAAAAGUGGGUGUUACAUUGUCCAGUGGCAUUAAGUGCCGUAAUAUACCUCUGCCUACCCCUUCGAGGAUAGAAGGCGUAAUAUUAUGUUAUGUUACAGAAUCUAAACUAAAACUUAGUGCUAAGCAGUCACACUUUCUAAUCAAGUGAUCAACAAGAUUAUCUAUUGUAUGAUAAAAUUUCUGUUGCCAAUUCUAUACAGGAUGAUUACAAAGCAGAAUGGACUCCAGUUCUACACAUUUGACAGAGAUCGGGUAACAGCCCUCUUUGGUAAAACCUAAAACUAUUAGCUACCAUUUUCAACUCACCUGCUAAUCAUGAAAAUUAACCCCUUACACGUGGAAGAGGUCCAUAAUACAACCGUAGAUUUUCUCGAUCUGACAAUGACUCCUAUUUAAACUCUUGUAAAAAAAAAUUUCAAUCAUAUGUAACACCAAUGAAUACCUCAAAUAACAAUACAUUUAAGUCGAUCAGGUAGCCCACCUCGUUAGAAACGAGAUAAGGAAAUAAAUACAAGCCAAAAAGGCUCUUAACAAAAGGCCUUAACGUUAAACUGGAUGGAUGAGUCGUUCCGCAUAAUGGGCCUCCUCCCGUAUACAACAGCACCCUUGACUAUACUUUCCAAUAUAACUUGACCUUUCAAAGUCGAGAUAACCUUCAUAACAUAGGUCUGUUAAUGCUGGAUGGUAUAGUUAGAUGAGCUGCUGAUUGAACGAUACAUUGAAUGUUUUGGAAUCUCACGUGGAAGGUGAUAAAAGAGGAAAUUUAAAAUUUGUCGCAUUUUUUUCUAUUAAAUGAAAUUAAGUUAAUUGAUAUAAAGUAUUGUCACCACGUUAAAGGUAACUUAUAGUAGAAAUAGGAUAACAAUGUAAUUCAAGACCUAAAAUAAUCACGCUAAAGUACACAUUUGUUUGAUCAAUGUAAGAUAUCAAUUCAGUUAAUGAACUUUGAAAACAUAAUCCCCAAAAUAGAGCACUGGAAGGAAAAAUACUACAAAACGUUUAUAAUGAUACCUAUUUGUACGUCAAAAACCUACUUAAAUAUAUGACAGUAAAAUAAGCUGUUGUUUCUAGGUCAAAUGUUCAUGUAGGUACAAAAACAUACUGUUUAUAUUAAUAUCAACAGCCCCAAACAGACCAAUACUGGACUAUGAUCACCUUCUACAUAAAAUUUAGUUGCCUUAAUUUCCUCGUACGUAAAUGGCUUGAAGAUUGUAUGUUAAAAGGUUUCGGUUUAUCAAAGAGCUCUGCUCCUUGAUCUCUGCUAACCGUGUAGUUGUUGGAGCCUAAUAAGGCUCCUGGAGACGAAUAGAAAGUAAUUGAGACAAAUAUAAUUUACGCUAGAUGACUCAAGAGUAGAUUGUAUCAGUUGUGCCUAAAGAUCUAAUGACUCGAAUAGAAGUCAAAAAUGGCUUAGCAAAUUAUCGUCACUUAAGGAGGAGGCGGGACGCGUGAGGCAGCGAAGCGCUGCCUCCUCGCAACCCAGCC